GUUUGGUCUUUGGAGUUUGGAUAGAAGCGCCCUCAGCCCUUAAGGACGUCGUGUGGUUUUUUUCGGUUAUAGACAGCGUCUCUUACGCAUUUUUUGGUAAAAAAAUCUUUUAUUUUCUCCGUUUACCUUCAGUUUUAUCACUUUUACCCCGUACUCGAUACGUUAUUGCGAAUACUCGGAUUCGGCCGGCGGGUCUCGCUCAAUUCGUAACCUUACUCGUCAGUCCUUAUACCCCAUCUUAUUUUAUUCUUAAUGCUCCCGCCCCGAAUAGAAUAAGAAUUUAAAAAAAUGGUCAAAUUGACCCCGGAUCUAAUACAGCAGGCCCUACAGUACAUCAACCCGGUACGAGACAGGGAACUGGACCUGAGAGGAUAUAAGAUACCCGUUAUCGAGAACCUUGGCGCAUCUCUAGAUCAGUUCGACACAAUCGACUUUUCCGACAACGAUAUAAGGAAAUUGGACGGUUUCCCACUUCUGAAACGGCUCAAAUGUUUACUCAUGAACAACAACAGGAUUGUAAGGAUCGGUGAUAAUUUGGGCGAGACCCUCCCGAACCUUGAGUCACUCAUCCUCACUGGUAACAUGCUCCAGGAGUUGAGCGACAUUGACCCGCUCACAUCGCUCACGAGCCUUCGCUCUCUUAGCCUGAUGCACUGCCCACUCGUUACGAAGCAGCACUACAGGCACUAUGUCGCUUUCAAGCUGCCGAACCUGAGGCUACUCGACUUCAGGAAGAUAAAGGAGAAGGAAAGGGAAGAGGCAAACAGCUUUUUCAAGAGCAAAGUCGGCCGAGCACUGCAACGCGAGUUCGUCAAAAAGACAAAGACUUUCGUACCGGGCGGGAACUUGGCUAAGGAGAAGAAAACCUACUCGGGACCAACCAAGGCUGAAGUGGCACAAAUCAGAGCGGCUAUUGCGAGGGCAACUUCGCUCGAGGAGGUCGAACGGCUGAAUCGCAUGCUUCAAAGCGGCCAGUUCAAUUUUUACGAUAAAGCAAGAAACGGCUCGGAGGCCGAGGAGGAAGAAGUCGAAGAACAGCCGGAAAACGGUAGGAUGGAAGAGUGAACGGGCGAUUCGUUCAGUACUUUUUUAUUUUUCUCUUGUAAUAUGUUUUAUUAUUAAAAAAAAACUUGUCUUCUGAUAA